AGAGGGCGCCGCACAUAAACGUUCUCUUUCAUCCCACGGCCCAAACAUGGCAGUCGGAAAGAAUAAACGACUGACUAAAGGAGGAAAAAAGGGUACCAAGAAGAAGGUCGUGGACCCUUUCACCAAGAAGGAAUGGUACGACGUGAAGGCACCGGCCAUGUUCAAUGUCCGAAACAUUGGCAAGACACUCUGUACCAGGACGCAGGGAACAAGGAUUGCGUCUGACGCCCUGAAGGGUCGCGUCUUUGAGGUCUCGCUUGCUGAUCUCCAGAAUGACGAAGUUGCCUUCCGCAAGUUCCGCCUGAUGGUGGAGGAGGUACAGGGCAAGAACUGUCUGACCAACUUCCAUGGCAUGAACCUAACCAGGGACAAGUACUGCUCCAUGGUCAAGAAGUGGCAGACCAUGAUCAACGCCAACAUUGACGUGCGCACCACCGACGGCUACCUCCUUCGCCUGUUCUGUGUGGGCUUCACCAAGCGUCGUCAGCACCAGAUCAAGAAGACCGCCUACGCCCAGUCCACACAGGUGCGUGCCAUCCGCAAGAAGAUGGUGGAGAUCAUGCAGCGGGAAUGCAGCUCUAGCGACCUCAAGGAUGUCGUCAACAAGUUGAUUCCAGACAGCAUCAGCAAGGAGAUUGAAAAGUACUGCCAGGGUAUCUACCCCCUGCAUGAGGUCCACGUCCGCAAGGUCAAAGUGCUCAAGAAACCCAAGUUUGACAUCAGCAAGCUGAUGGAGCUGCAUGGCGAGGGCAAGAAUGCGGCUGCACCAGCUGCACCAAAACCAGGAGCAGAUGGGACUACAGUAGAGAGACCAGAUGGCUAUGAACCACCAGUGGUUGAUAGUGUGUAAACAUCAACACCGGCAUUGCUACAGCAGCGAAACAACAAUGGAAAAUUCCCAAAACACCUGACCAAAGGCUUUUUAACAAACUUCUUUUUUGAUUUGCACCACAAUCCUGAAUCAUAAACUCAGAAAAAAAUAACCAGGAAAAGGAAAUGCAAAACUUUAAACGGUUAAACUCUCUGCCCUUGGUACAUUGGUCAGAUGCUAAAAUCUCCGAAAUCAUCCCAAUUCCCUGGAAGGGCUACUUUGGAUAUGCUGGUAUUAAGACAUCAAGCUUGUAUAUUAUUGUGGAACUGGGAUGAAAUAAACCAAGAAAGUCUAUCUACUGAU